CCACCAAACACUGAGAACAGUGUACAACAGCAGCUUAUGCUUACAUCAGCAACCACCCCCUCCAAACACACACACACGCACACACACACACACACACAGACACACACACACACACACACCAACGCAUACACUUAUCCAGCGUCAUUGCGUUCCACCACUCAAGGACUUUCUCGUCUUUCCUUGGAAGUUUGUGGGCACAUUAAACCUUGUUCCUGAGACAGGACCCCCUGCUGCAGUGUGAGCCUCAUCUCAGCUCCAGCCUGACAGGCUUGUUCUUCAGAGGAAGGCGUGAGCAGUGAUGGGUGAUUGGAGUCUCCUGGGAAACUUCCUUGAAGAGGUGCAGGAGCACUCGACUUCGGUGGGCAAGGUCUGGCUGACCGUCCUCUUCAUCUUCCGUAUCCUGGUCCUGGGCACGGCGGCGGAGUCCUCCUGGGGCGAUGAGCAGUCGGACUUCAUGUGUGACACCAAGCAGCCUGGCUGCGUCAACGUGUGCUACGACAAGGCCUUCCCCAUCGCCCACAUCCGCUACUGGGUCCUGCAGAUCGUGUUCGUCUCCACCCCCUCCCUCAUCUACAUGGGCCACGCCAUGCACACGGUCCGCAUGGAGGACAAGCGGCGCCAGAGGGAGCAGGAGCAGGGUGGGGAAGGGGGCGGGGCUGAGGAGAAGGGCUACCUGGAAGAGAGGGAGGCUGGGAAGGCUGAGCCCUGGGGAAAGAUUCGCCUGAAGGGGGCGCUGCUGAAGACGUACGUGCUCAGCAUCCUGAUCCGCACCGUCAUGGAGGUGACCUUCAUCGUGGUGCAGUACAUGAUUUACGGGAUCUUCCUCAACUCUCUCUACCUCUGCGAGGCCUGGCCCUGUCCAAACCGGGUCAACUGCUACAUGUCCCGCCCCACUGAGAAGAACGUCUUCAUCGUCUUCAUGCUGGCAGUGGCGGGAGUGUCGCUCUUCCUGAGCGUAGUGGAACUCUACCACCUGGCCUGGAAACAGUCCAAAAAGUGCCUGAGGGCCUAUGCUGCCUCCCACGCCCUGGACAGCACACCCUCUAUGGUGGUGCAAGUUUCCCCAGAGACCAGUGCGCCACCCCACACCUCCUGCACUCCGCCCCCUGACUUCAGUCAGUGCCUGGCACCGCCACCCGCUCACACCCACCCCAACUGCCACCCCUUCAACAACAGGAUGGCCCACCAGCAGAACUCUGCCAACCUGGCGACCGAACGCCGCCACAGCCACGGCAACCUGGAGGGGGAGGACUUCCUGGAGAUGAGCUCUGUGGAGGGGGCAGAGACUCCAGCUCCGCUGCUCCACGCCACAUUCCUCAAAGACAAGCGCCGGCUCAGCAAGACCAGCGGCUCCAGCAGCCGUGUGCGGCCCGACGACCUGGCCGUGUAGGCCCAGAACCUGGUUUAGGGAAAAGAGAAAAAAGAGAGAGGGCGGGAGGUAUGGAGGAAGGGAGGUAAAGAAAGAUGGAGGGGGGCAAUAUAGAG